ACACUGAAACUGACAGUUAUCGAUAGUCUAGCGUUUAAAAUGUUACCAGAAUGCAUGAUGCUGUUUGGAAAACCGGAAUUGUUAGCUUGUCAGAUAGCGAAGACAGGAACUUAGCUGGGAGGCUAACGUUAGCUGAGCUAGUUCAAGCAGGUUCAUCAGUUACCUGGACAUUUAAAGAAAAGAUCACGUAGUUGAAUGCGUAUUAAUAAAUAGUAUGUAUUACUUUAAAAAAUAAUUAAUUUGCGUUUCUUGUUAGCUUUGGGGUGUCAAAAAAACUCGUCUGUCAACUUCGGUUUAGCCUUUGUGUUUUAAACAGGUGAACAUGUCAUUUAACACAGAAUAUGGCUGAUGUUUAAGAUGCGAUUGRACCUAAAUGCUACGCUACUGUGAAUGUUUUAUUGUAUUGAAUAUAUAUGUAUUCGUGUGUAUUUUUAAAUCACGUGUUAUCAAAACCACAGACCAAACCGAGCCUGAAAAAAACAUGGUUGCUCGUCCUUUCAGGGGAAAAAAAAAAGCCGUCAAAAGAAAUGGCAUGCAGACGUGAUUAGCCUGCUAACGUUAGCUCCUAAAGUGCUGUUGGCCAUCUUUGCGUCUGUCAACUCGAGCAGCCUACCCGAUAUUAACGUCGAGCUGGACCAGACUGGACGGACGUGUCCUCGGACGCUGCCUGUGUUAGGAGCGGUCCUCGUCUGUGUGAGGGUCUUUUUUUUUUUUUUUUUUUAAAGCGCAGUGUCAUCAGAUUCCUGCCGCCUCUCUCUGCACUUCAAAAUGGCCAGUGGGAGAAAUCACAGCCGGCCGCCGCACACACGCGCUCUUCCUCCAUGAUUCCACAUAUCGCCGCUGCGACGCCACCGCUGCCAGACGAGCUCGAACACGUCCGGGCUGCUCGUCGUCCUACCGAGCCCAGCCGUGCCGUAUGAGACUCUGAACAAACGUUUCAGAGCGGCUCAGAAGAACAUCGACAGGGAGACGAGCCACGUCACCAUGGUGGUCGCAGAGCUGGAGAAGACCCUCAGCAGCUUCCCGGUGGUCGACUCCGUGGUGUCACUGCUGGAUGGAGUGGUAGAAAAACUCAGCGCUCUGAAGAGGAAGGCUGCAGAGUCUAUUCAGGCAGAAGAUGAGAGCGCUAAGCUGUGUAAGCGUCGCAUUGAGCACCUGAAGGAGCACAGCAGCGAUCAGCCAGCCUCAGUCAACCUAUGGAAGAAAAAACGGAUGGAUCGCAUGAUGGUGGAGCAUCUGCUGCGCUGCGGCUACUACAACACAGCUGUCAAACUGGCCAGACAAAGUGGUAUAGAGGAUCUGGUGAACAUUGAGAUGUUCCUCACUGCAAAGGAGGUGGAAGAGUCUUUGGAGAGGCAGGAGACAGCCACCUGUUUAGCCUGGUGCCAUGACAACAAGUCCCGCCUCCGCAAGAUGAAGAGUUGUCUUGAGUUCAGUCUAAGAAUCCAGGAGUUUAUUGAGCUCAUCAGACAAAACAAGCGCAUGGAUGCUGUCCGACAUGCAAGGAAGCACUUCAGCCAAGCAGAAGGUGGGCAGCUGGACGAGGUUCGGCAGGUGAUGGGCAUGCUGGCUUUCCCCUCAGAUACACACAUCUCCCCGUAUAAGGAUCUUUUGGAUCCAGCUCGCUGGAAGAUGCUCAUCCAGCAGUUCCGAUAUGACAACUACAGACUGCACCAGCUGGGCAAUAACUCUGUCUUCACCAUCACCCUACAGGCCGGUCUGUCUGCCAUCAAGACACCUCAAUGCUACAAGGAGGAUGGUAGCUCUAAAAACCCGGACUGCCCAGUCUGCAGUAAAUCUCUUAACAAGCUGGCCCAGCCGCUACCUAUGGCUCACUGUGCCAACUCUAGACUAGUCUGUAAGAUCUCUGGGGAGGUCAUGAAUGAAAACAAUCCUCCUAUGAUGCUGCCUAAUGGAUAUGUCUACGGCUACAACUCUCUUCUCUCAAUUCGCCAAGAUGACAAAGUGGUGUGUCCCAGAACCAAAGAAGUCUUCAACUUCUCUCAGGCAGAGAAAGUCUACAUCAUGUGA